UACAUAAGGGCUAAGGUAUUGUCGUUUGAUUUGUUUCCGUGAGAGGGUGCAAAAAUGAACAACCAUUUGGUACUAGCUGUUUUCGCCUUGUGCGCGGUGGAGAUUAGUUACUCCAGACCGCCCUGCAGGUACCCCCCGUCGGAGUGGUGUAAGACUCGGCAGAUCGCCUUGGAGUGUGGGGUGGAAAAGCAGUGUCUGGAGUACGCUGGCACAGCUGCCCCCAAUGUGGAGGUGGCCCUGUACUACGAGAGCCUGUGUGGCGGAUGCCGGGAAUUCCUGGUGGAGAUGCUUUUCCCCACCUGGUCGAUGCUUCACGACAUCAUGAACGUGACGCUGGUGCCUUACGGAAAUGCUCAGGAGACGCUGGUUAAGAAAGAGUACAAGUUCACCUGUCAGCACGGCGAGGAGGAGUGCCUAGGCAACAUGGUUGAGACCUGCAUCCUGCAUUACACACCAUAUGCACUUUAUGUCCUCUUCUGCAUGGAAUCGUCUAACGAUGUCGUCAAUUCUGCCCAAACUUGCCUGAAGCUGUAUGACCCCUCAGUGGAAUGGGGCAAAAUCAUGUCCUGUGCCAACGGCACCCUGGGUAACCAGCUGAUGCACACCAACGCACAGAUGACAGACGCCCUCAAGCCUCCCCAUCAGUAUGUGCCAUGGGUGACCAUCAAUGGGGAGCACACUGAAGAGCUCCAGAACAAGGCCAUGGCAUCACUUUAUACCCUGGUCUGCAGUUUAUACAAGGGAGAGAAGCCACCAGCCUGUACAGGAACACCAACAAAACCACUCAAAAAGUACUGUUGAAAAGGGAUCUCAUUUACAUGCAGACAUCAUUCCAAAGCUAGUUCUUAAAUCCUCAUUGCUUGGUUUAAGAAUUAACUGCUCAAGUGAUACUCGAGCUUAAUAACAAUUACAUCUCAUACCUUUGUAAAUGUAAAUAAAUGAUUGAUGGUUUUGA